AUGGACACGAGCAGCAAGAACUGGGCGACCGAGUACCUCAUUGAUCCUGUGAGCGCACCGCAACCAUCGGAGGAAGAUGGUCCGGGAGGCACAUCAUUCCGAAGGCCUGACGAGAAGGCCACGCCAACGACAUCCGUCACGCCUAAGGCGGCUUCAGUGCGAAGUUCGGGCAGCCGCCUGAGCAAGAACAACCCCUAUCGCAAGAGCCUUGACACACCUCCGCAGAGCGCUGGCAUCACACGAAGCACAUCUCUUCGCAGUCCCACCUCCACUUCCUACCCCUCCCCACCACCAUCCGCAUCACCACGACGAGGAGGCAUUUGGCGACCACAACACUUCCACCGGCCACCGCGACGCACCUCCUCGCUAAGCGCCAAACAUGCUGGGGACAUGUCUCAUCGUCCACUCGAUGUCCUCACCAAAGAAAAGCACACGGCCGAUCGCGCUCGACACGCCACCCGCAAACACCAUAUUCAGCCAGACACUAUCGACAGCCUAGACACCAUCGCCGGUGCCGCCUACCACCACAGUGGUCCCUAUGAUGCAACCCUAUUCGCACGCAAUAACUCCUCCAGUGGCCCAUUGGCCGCACUCACUGACUCCAACGCCGAGACUCUGCGGGCCACACCGAAAGAGAAGAUCAUCGAUAGCGUGCGCGGCCACAGGCCGCUCGACGGCGUAGCGGCAUACGCACCCGGCGAGACCGACCCCAACGGACACACCUAUGACUACAGCCAGAGCAAUAUGAUGCUCGAGGCUAACCCAGCAGGAGGUGCCUACAAGCGCUGGCCUGGCGUACAGUACCAUGACGACGACAUUAAGGGCAAAGGCGAGCCGAGCUACUCGAUCGAGAAGCAGUUGAAGGAACACAAUCUGGAUGGCGAGAAGCAGGGUCGAGACGUCGACGGGAACGGAAGAGUCUCCAUCGAGAUGACAUCGCAGUCGCCACGGCACCGCGGGCAUCGGAGGGACAUCUCAGGCGCGUCUGCUACGUCAACAGGCUCGGCUGGCGGCGCAUUGGCCAGCACAGGCGUUUUCGAUGACGGACAUGGACAGAUGCCUCGACGGAGCGGGAGCUUAAGCCAGGGUCUGAAGAAGCGCUGGGGGAGCGUGAGAAAGCAUAUGCAUCGCGACUCGGAAUAG